UGCGCGCGCCUCCAGCAGACCCCUUUUCCCGCGUCACCGCGUGAGAGGAAACAACCUGCGUGGACUUCUGAGGAGCCGCCAGCCGCCAGCCGAGGGGAGCGUGGCUGCAAGCUGCAUUUUUGUAGACGAGGACAUGGGCUCCGUUUCCAAUCAGGACUUCCCAGCCGGAGUGUCCAAGGCCGACGAGGACUCUGGCCCCAGCAGCACCGCGGAGGUAGAAGAAGAGUCCCCGCAGUCCCUCCGCGGCCUCGGCGUGUGCAAGUGGUUCAACGUGCGGAUGGGCUUCGGCUUCCUGGCCAUGAGCAGCCGGGAAGGCGCGCAGCUGGAGGAGCCCGUGGACGUCUUCGUGCACCAGAGCAAGCUCCACAUGGAAGGCUUCCGCAGCCUGAAGGAAGGCGAAGCGGUGGAGUUUACCUUCAAGAAGUCCUCCAAGGGUCUGGAGUCUCAGUGGGUCACCGGUCCCGGCGGCGUCCACUGUGUGGGCAGCGAGCGCCGACCCAAAGGCAAGAAAGUCCAGAAGCGACGCUCGAAAGGAGAUCGGUGCUACAACUGCGGCGGCCUGGACCACCACGCCAAGGAGUGCAAGUUGCCCCCCCAGCCCAAGAAGUGCCACUUCUGCCAGAGCGUGGAUCACAUGGUGGCCAGCUGUCCCAUCAAAGCUCAGCAGUCUUCGCCGGGCUCUCAGGGAAAGCCCUCGUCCUUGAAGGGGGACGAGGAGGCGGAGGAGGACCACGCACCUUCCUCUGCUGCGACUCCACCGCCGCCGCCUCCUGAGGAGCCCUCUGAUUAGGUGGGGUAGGUGAUGUCGGGGGCGGGGUACGGGUAGCACAGUUGCCAAUCAAACUGCUUUACUGUAAGGUCGGCCGCCGCCUCCUUCUUUUUUGGAACUACCUCAGGUUGACAAAUGUUCCCAAUAAGAAUGUCAAUUUUUUUUUUUGUUUCUUUUUUGUUCCGACUCUUUUCUGUUAUUGAUCACACUCAGGAACACUGCGGUUUUAUUGCACUCUUUGAGGAAGAGGAUCUUCAUUAUCCUAAUAUACAAUCUGCUGUGUGCUGCUCUACCUCCAUUUUUUUGUUUUGUUUUUUUUGAACUCGGGUCAUUUCAUCGCACACUUUAGCUGCCUUAUGACCAGAGAUGUGAUAGUGGGGGGGGGGGCAGUAUUACCUCGAUGCUUCUAUCGCAGUCGGCCACGUUGAAUGUCAAGAUCGGAGCUUCUUCAGCUUUUGAUCGCCCUUUUUUUUUUUGCUUUUAAAUCAUGGCAGCGUACGCUAUCAGACACGUAUCAGUACUAAUCAUCUCAACCACGCCAAAAAAAAAAAAAAUGUAACCGGACGCUAAAGCUAGCACAAAUCCCUGGCGCUCCUCGAAAAGACGGAUGUCUGUUUUUUUUUUUGUUCCCCCCCCCCUUCUUUCUCUCCUCUCUUGGAGAUGUAGUUAUGGAAACCCCCUCAGGAGCAGCCUGUAGACCUCGCUCGCUAAUCGGCGUCAAUACUCCCGUUUUACAGGAGACUGCCACGCCCAAUUAAUAUAUACUGUAUGUACAUUUUUUUUUUUUUUUUUGUAAGGAGAAAUCAAUUAUUUAUUUUGAUCCAAGAUGUGCUGCAGUUUCUCAGGAAUCAUGAAAGAUUUUUUGUCCUGGGGAGUCCCUAGCAGUCGACCUUAGGGAGGGGGUGACCGGUGCAGCGCAGGGGUGUCCGAAGCUCGGCUUGAUGCUUAUUGGCAUUUUAUAAAAGUUUUAUGUAUUACACAAGUUUGCUUUGUCACCUAUCACAGUGUGCGGCCCUCCGGUGCUAAACUUUGGACACCCCUGUUUUACACGAUUAGGGCUAAAUGUAGUGCACUACUUAGUCCAGCAGAGGCACUCUUCAUACCGUCUCCGCUAUAGUUUGCGGUCCGUUUAGCGAAAUGGCACAGAAACCUUAGUUUAAAUAAUCGAAUAUUUUCUUGUCCCACCGAGGGCCGAGCACGGACAAAGAAGCAUUCUUUGCUACGUUUAAACCAAUCCAAUGUAGGACAAGCGGAGAUAGAUCUUGGCUUUGUGUUAUAGGUGACGAAGCAAAUUAGUGUAAUAUAUCAUCUUAAAAGAAAAUGUACUUUAUUUCUACAAUAGGCGGAGCACUAAAAGAACUUCCCCAGUGCCGCACUUUGGACACACUUGUAGUCCAUCAAGGGAAUGACGUCAAAUCCCUUGUAUUAUAAGCAUCGUAUAUUUUUUUUUUUUGGGGGGGGGGGGUUAAUUUCCUAUUUUUAAUGCUUCUAUCUAUGCCAAAAAAAAAAAAUCAUGCGUAAGAUGCAUUCAUUUCUUCAGGUAAACCUUUUUAUACAGUGUAUAUUUUCACUUUUAAUACUGCGCUCGUCUCUCAGGAAAAUGGUUAAAAAAAAAAAACUCAGGGAAUGUUUUUGCUUUGUUUAGUUUUUUGUGUGUGUGCAGCCAUUUCUCUCCUACUCACCGCGCCAUGAAAGCAAAUGUUCCACUAUUGUUUUGUUCCUCUAUAGUGAUGCUCGUUGGGGAUGUAGUAGAAUGUGAAGGGGAUGCGGGGUGGUGCUGAAAGUGGUGAAGUCGUCUUUCUCGAAACAUGGCCGACGCUUGGUGUUCCAGACUAUCAAUGCUUAUGACAAAUAGAAUGUCCACACACACACACACACACACACACACACACACACACACACACACACUGCACAAUGUGAAGGAAAGGUGCUCAGUUGACUUAGUUGUAUCGUGAUGUUUGCUCUCCGAUGGCAUUGUGAUGUUUUUGUGAUUCUAUGCUCCUAUAAGAUUCUCAGGGUAUUUUUUUUCUUUUUGAUGAAUUCAUCUUUGUGACCCAUCAGCCAUUUCAUUACUUUUUUGGGGGGGUUUUGUGUGGUGUUUCAUCAAGGGAAUGGCCACCCCUAAAAAUGACAGAUUCCACUGACCGUAUGGAUGUUAAUUGUCAUAAAAAGAUGAUCUUGACCCUCUCAGGCGAUGAAUGGCCAGUUUUGUCAAAGUUUCUCAAGUAUUACUGCCAUGAUGUUUCUACAUGUGCUCCAUUUCAUAAUAAAUAUGUCAAUACUCACAA